AUGUCUGGGAAGGACCGCGUCAAAGUGGCUGUUCGAGUGCGUCCCUUCAGCAAGAGAGAGGAGGAUGCCGGCAGCCGCUGCGUCGUCUCCAUGGGCCCUAACACCACCACCAUAAUGGAUCCACGCAGCCAACAGGUCCGCACCUUCACCUUUGACUACUCCUACUGGUCCCACAGCGGCUUCCUCCGCAACAAGGAGGGUCUCUUUGUCCCUGAGGAGCCGGGCGGCCGCUACGCAGACCAGAGCAGUGUGUUCCAGGACCUGGGCCAGGCCAUUCUGGAGAACGCCUUGCAGGGCUACAAUGCUACACUGUUGGCCUAUGGUCAGACAGGAUCUGGGAAGAGCUACUCCAUGGUGGGCUAUGGACCCAACAAGGGCCUCGUGCCCACCUUGUGCGAGAGGCUCUUCCAAGCCGUGAAGGUCAACCAGGAUACUUGUCAGUUCCAGGUGUUUUUUAGCAUGCUGGAAAUCUACAACGAACAGGUCAUAGAUCUCCUAGCACUUGGCCCUCGCUCUGGCGGGGGGCUGAAGGUGCGCGAGGACCAGCAGCGCGGCUUCUAUGUGGAGGGCCUGCGACGCGUGGCCUGCAAGAGCGGCGCUCAGGUAGAGCGGAUGAUGGAGCAGGGCACGCGCACGCGCACAACAGCCGCCACCCACCUGAACGCAAGCAGCAGUCGCUCCCACAUGCUCAUCACCCUACAGCUCAAACAGAUAUUCUCCAAGGAGAGCAUCACCAAGGAAUCUACUAUCAACCUUGUGGAUCUGGCGGGCAGCGAGAGGCAGAGAACAUCGGGAUCAGAGGCAGAUCGGCUCAAGGAGGGCACAGCCAUAAACCUCAGCUUGACCACCCUGGGCAACGUCAUCAGCUCCCUGGCUGAUGCCGCCCUGGGGAAAAGAGUGGUGCACAUUCCAUACAGAGACUCGGUGAUCACCAAGUUGCUGCAGCCUGCGCUGGGAGGCAACAGCCGCACCAUAAUGGUAGCAACCCUGAGUCCAGCAGAUAUGUGCUAUGAAGAGUCCCUCUCCACACUGCGCUACGCAGAAAGGGCCAAGCGGAUCCAGAACCGCGCCGUGGUCAACGAGAGCCCCACGGAGCACCUGCUGAAGGAGCUGAAGGCUGAGAACGCCAAGCUGCUGACGCGACUCUCCCGCUUGGCCGACGAGGGCCGCCAAGCCAGCAGCGAGUCAAAGGAGCUGCGCAGGCUGCUGACCCACAAUGAGCUGCAGAUCUGUGCCAUCCAGACCCUGUGGGAGCAGCACCUGCAGGAGGCACUUAAAGACUGGGAACUGCAGUACGCCACCAUGACGCAGGAGCGGAGGAUGAUCCAGACAUUCCCUUACAUCCUUAAUGUCAACGAGGACCCUCAGCUCUCCGGGGUGGUGAAGCUCUUCAUUCAGGAAGGUGAAUGGAACAUAGGACUGUCAGACUCCUCUCCUCAGACAAUUGCCAUCAAAGGUCUGGGCAUCCAGGAGAAACAUGCGGCGUUCACCAACCUGGAUCGCCAGGUGACCAUCACGCCCGUUUCACAGGCCAAGGUCACCGUGAACGGAUCGCUCAUCAGCAGCAGAACUGAACUGCAUCACCUGGAUCGACUCAUCCUGGGCUCCAACAGCACGUACCUUUUCAUUGGCUUUCCCUUGGAGCGCAAUGCUGAGGACUGGAGCCGCUACGACUACGAUUACUUCCAGUCAGAGCUGGCCGCUGCGGAGGGCAUCCACAUCCACUCGCUCUGCUCCUCCAGUGAUGGGCGGGGCCAGCCGGACCCCAGCUUGCUGGCUGUGUUCUACGACUAUAUCAAGCUGAUGCCCAUGGUGGCGGAGGCGAACCAGAUGAGUCAGGAGCUACGCAAGGGAGUGCAGUUCAAGCUGGAGAUAAAGAACCUUGCCAUGUCUGACUCCAUGGGCCAUGAUUUGGAGAAGGAGAUCGCUAUCAGAGUCACGUCGGAGGAGACAAAACAAGUGUGGGUAUGGUCAAAAGCCAAAUUUGUCAACCGGAAGUUUCUGAUGGAGGAGCUGUACCAGCAGCAGGUGGCGGAGGGGGCGGGGUCCGGAUGGGCGCCUCCCCCUCGGGACCGAGACCCCUUCUGGGACCCACUGGAGCCCCUUCACCUGGGCAGCGCCCACCUGUGGCUGCAGUCGCUGGCCUUCCGCAUCCGCCUGGAGGAGCAGGUGGAGGUGCUCGGGCCCGAGGGCAGCGAGGAGGCCAUACUGCAAACGCAGCUUGUGCCCUGCAGCCCAGCAGGAUUGCCUCUCGGGGAAGACGCCAUCCUCAUUGACCCCACGGAGCUGCUGGACAAGAGACAGGACUUCCAGCUGGUGCUAGAGCGGUGCUGCGGCCUGCGCUGGCUGAAGGAGGCCAGGGACCGGGGGGUGCAGAUCGGGUUCCGUAUGUACACCCUGCCCCAGGCCUUCUACGCACCGUCGGUGUGGCACAACAUGAACCCUGUGCUGGACCACAGAGUGCAGUUCACUGUGAUGAAGACCUCCCAGGACUUCCUGAACUACCUACAGACCAAUGCGCUGGUGCUGGAUCUCUGGGGUCUUCAGGCGGGCUGCGCGGACUUGACCUCCUCCCCGGAGAGCGUGAUGCUGACGCAGGAAGGCAGCAUUGUGAUUGACGGGGCCGGCGCUGGUGAUCGUGUCAUGCCUCUUCCUUUGGACCUCAGCGUCUCCUACCAGGCAUUGCAGCAGGAGCUGGAGAGGAUGAAGAUCAUCAUUGUUUCUCUGAGGAAGGAGAACAAUGUGCUGAGAGAGCAGCUCAAAGGCACCAAGCCAAGCCGCAGGUCUGAGAGGAGGGGCAGCCUGCGACCGAGUUGCGAUGCGGAAUUCGCCCGAGCACUCAAGGUCUUCUACCACAGCAUGACCACCAUCAGAGGCCAACUACAGAAGCUGCGCUGCAACAAACCCAAAGAUGACGCUGACCACGCUGACCUGACCUUCUUUGUAGAGGAACAAGGCCGCCUCCUCAGGGAUUUCGGGGAGCAGCUGGAGCAGAGUGUCACUGUGCUCAAGCAAGAUGUUGCCGCCAUCGUCCGGAAGAAGCGGGAAAAAUCUGGCAUCUGGUCCACAUCUACAUCCUAA